AUGGCUUGGAGACGCUCGUUGACAGAUCAGGCGAGACGAGAGGAAAUAACAGAGGAGGAGGACAAAGAGGGACGCCUGGCAGCUUUGUCUCUCGCUCUGCUGAGAUAUGGGAAAUGGGGCCAGUGGAAAAAAAACAGAAGUGCUUGUUUGGUGGCUGUGUUGCUUGUGGUGAAUACUAAGACACUGAAAAGACAUCAUGUGCCAGAGACCAUCACCAGCCUCCUCAUGGACUAUUAUAAUAACUUCCAACUGAGGGUAACAUCGGGAGCAUCAACUUCUGCCUGGCAACGCCUGGAGAAGGGCAUUAUAACAGGCUGUACCAUCUCAGUGCCACUCUUUUCCCUAGCUAUGAACAUGAUUGUUAAAUCAGCUGAGGUGGAAUGUAGAGGCCCUAUGUCAAGAUCGGGCACUCGCCAGCCCCCCAUAAGAGCAUUUAUGGACGACCUCACAGUGACUGCAACCUCAGUUCCUGGCUGCAGAUGGCUGCUGCAGGGGUUAGAAAGACUCAUCUCUUGGGCUAGGAUGAGCUUUAAGCCUGCAAAAUCCAGGUCGUUGGUCCUGAAGAAAGGCAGAGUAGCUGACAACUUCCGCUUCACCAUCGGAGGGACACCAAUUCCAACUGUGACAGAGAAUCCUGUUAAGAGCCUGGGCAAGGUCUUCAACAGCUCCUUAAGAGACACAAUCGCACUGCAGCAAACCAGGGAGGACUUGACAACAUGGCUUGUAGCAAUAGACAAGUCAGGACUUCCAGGAAAGUUUAAAACCUGGAUGUACCAACACGGAGUCCUGCCGAGGCUCCUUUGGCCUCUACUCAUCUACGAGGUUCCCAUGUCAACCGUGGAGACACUGGAACGAACCAUCAGCCAGUUCCUCCGAAGAUGGCUUGGGCUUCCGCGAUCUCUCAGCAGCAUUGCCCUGUAUGGCCAUUCCACCAUGCUGCAGCUUCCAAUCAGUGGCCUGUCAGAGGAGUUUAAGGUCACAAGAGCCAGAGAGCUGAUGAUGUACCGGGACUCCUCCGACAAAAAAGUUUCUUCAGCAGGAAUCAGGGUGAAAACUGGCAGGAAAUGGAAGGCACAGGAAGCCGUCAACAGAGCCGAGGCACGACUGCAGCAUAGCGUCUUGGUUGGCAACAUUGCUGUGGGCCGAGCAGGAUUAGGCAGAUUUGUCAAACCCAGCUACAACAAAGCUAGAGGAAGAGAGAGAAGGCAAAUGGUGCAAGACGAGAUCAGAGCAGAGGUGGAGGAAGAGCGCCGGAUCAAGAUGGUGGCAAUGUACCAGCAAGGUGCCUGGACAAAAUGGGAGCACGUUGAAGAACGUAGAAUCACCUGGUCAGAACUCUGGAGAUGCGAACCACAGCACAUCAAGUUCCUCAUCCAGUCAGUAUAUGACGUUCUCCCAAGCCCAACCAAUCUGCAGCGAUGGGGCUUAUCAGACACCGCGUUAUGCCAACUGUGCCAGAAGAGAGGCACCCUGGAACACAUCCUUAGCUCUUGCUCAAAGGCUUUGGUGGAAGGACGGUACCGCUGGCGUCAUGACCAGGUCCUCAGGGCUCUGGCAGACACAGUCAGCGCAGCAAUCACCAACUGUAAAUACCAGCACACCUCCAAGCAGUUCAUCACCUUCGUCAGAGCAGGAGAGAAGACAUGGCAGCAGCCAAGUCCCACAGGAGGGCUUCUCACCACGGCACGGGACUGGAAACUCCAAGUCGACCUGGGAAGACAACUCAAGUUUCCAGAGCACAUCGCGACCACUGCCUUGCGCCCAGACAUGGUAUUAACAUCACAGUCUUCAAAGCAAGUAGUUCUGAUUGAGCUCACUGUCCCCUGGGAAGACAGGAUGGAGGAGGCCAAUGAACGUAAGAGAGCCAAGUACGCUGAGCUAGUGGCUGAAUGUCGCAGCAAUGGCUGGAAAGCUCGCUGCGAACCAGUUGAAGUGGGGAGCCGGGGUUUUGCUGGUCAGUCCCUACCACGCACCCUCAAGCUCCUUGGGGUGAAAGGGCAGCUGUGCAGAAGAGCAAUAAAAAACAUCAUUGAGGCUGCAGAGAAAGCCUCAAGAUGGCUUUGGAUUCGGAGGGGGGAUCCAUGGAGUAGUGGGCCACUUGGACACAAGUCAAGGGCUGAUCACCCCUGGCUGGGUCGCCCGAGCGAGGGUGUUUGAUGAUCAAAGACCCGAAACACCCCAUGACCUCGGG